GCGACGGGCGGGAAGUGGCCCGUGGCCGUUGGAGGGUGAGAGAAGGCGAGAGUUGGUCAUGACUUCGACAAGUACUUUCCAGGGCCUGCAGGAUAAGCCCAAUUCCAGUCGUGUACUCAAACCACCCGGUGGUGGUUCCAGCAAUAUAUUUGGUGCCCCUGAUGUCUCGUCCAGUAAACCCCAUAAGAUGGCAUCCAACAUUUUUGGGCCUCCUGAAGAAACUUCAUUGCCAAAGAGAUCUAAUCCUCCAGGUGGAAAAGCCAGUGGGAUUUUCAGUGAGUCAGAGCCUGUUUCUUCACAACAAUGUGCUGCUUCAACUCCUAAUAAUAACAGUGACAUAUUUGGGGAACCAAUUGCUCCUGCUACAGUUCGUGUCCAUCCGAACAAACCAAAGGAUGCAAACAUAUUCUCCAGUGAUGCAGAUGAGGAGUUGAAAGAUGAAGAACAUGGAGAAGAAAGUGAGGAGAAAAAAGAUGAGGAAAAGCAAAAGGAGCCUGCGGUGGAUGAUCAUGAACCUCAUCUAGGUCCACGUCCACGAUCCCAUAACAAAGUUACCCAACCACCAGGUGGCAAAUCGACCCUCUCCUUGUUCUGAGAAGGUUCUUUACUGUUUGACUCAAGUUAAUCUGCUGUUCCAUGCAGAGGUUAACUUGUAUAAAAACAUUAUUUUUGUCCUUUUUCACACUGAAGGUUUAUCUGCAAAAGGCUGUUUUAUUUUCAAUGCAGUUGUUCAUUUCAACAAGGAUUUGCUGGCCCAAAAUGCUGAAAUGAUCUAGAGAUUAAAUAAUUGUAACAAUUGAUCAAAUAAAACUUGCAUUGUAAAUAAAAUAGCCUAUACCCAAAAGUGACAUGCCUAUCAUUUGUAUACUUGCCUGUGUCCUCUGCUAUUGAUCACGUCUGGCUCAAUCAGGUGUUUAAUCUAUUGCCUCCAAAUGUUUUCUUCCACAGCAUCUUAGGUGCUUGAAAAUUGCCUUGAACUUAGACAGGGCUAAGUGCAAUGGAGGUGCAAGCUCUUAGGUGCUUUGCUUCAAUGCUCUGCAACCUAAUCUUUUUUCACUGGGUGUUUCUGGUCCAGAUUCAGUCUCUAAGAAUGGCCAGUCAGCCACACCAUGCAGCUGUUGACAAUGUCAGAGUUCAAUUUGGGAAGCCAUGGUUUCUGCUAAAAGAUUGGUAUUCUUCCUGUGGAAUGGACUAGGCCAUCCAUAACAUUUCAAUGUACAGUUGUAUUUUGAGCACCUGUGAAAAUUACUUGUGACUAGCUCUUGUUAAAGACUAUAUAGAUUAAAAGCAUUUAGAUAUAAUGGGAUAAAAUUGAUCAGCAUUGUGUAAUUUGCCUUAAUUGAAGAAUGUAAACCUGUAAAUCUUUUAAUUGUACUCUCAAUCCCUUGACAAGAUUGUAACAUGCAUAUUAUGGACAAUUCCAAAUCCUCAGGUGUCUUUGUUUUGACCUGCUACAAGCUAGUAUACAAUAUUGUCAUAAAUGGACACAAGAUUAUUUAAUAUAGAAAUAUUUAUUUUGCUAAAAUGUUUAGACUGUUUCCUUCUGGUUGGUCAAAAGUUUACUUUUUAAACUGGCUUUUGAUUUUAGCUGUAAUGCAAAGGAAACAUUACCAGCAGGUUUCAAUUUGCAGAGUUUUUCUGGGAAGAGUUGUCAAUUUUUAGGCCUUUGUGACAAACUCAGACUUGAUUGUAAUUUUUAAUUCUGCUGAUAUAUUUAUACCUAGACUGACAUAGGACAGUAAGACAACUCAUUUACAAGGAUUUGGUAUUGUACUAAAAGAUUGCUCUAUUUGAACCUCUAAGGUAGUGCACUCUAUUUGCAGUUUUGAUAGUACAAUUUUGCUACAUUUAAAUUGUUUUAUAGAAAAUUUAUUUUCCCCUACUCAAUAUACAUUCUACAUAUUAAUUACUCUGGAUUCCAGCUUCUACAGGAAGCAUCUGAGGUACUUGACACAUUUUUUUAAAUAUUUUAGUUCAAGGGAUGUACUGGAAAUCAGGACACAUAGUAAUUAUUGCCAACGAGAAAAUACCUUGUGCCUUUAUGCAACCAUAUUGUUUGGAUGUAGAUAACUGGAUGACAAUGGCCAAAAAUAAAAUUUACCUCUUAUUUGUGAA